CCUCUUGUGUGUGCCUGUUUGGCUGGACACUUCUGCAGGCUUUGCGCAGUUUGAGCAAUGUGUAAGGUUUAAGUGGUGCAGUUUAAUAUAUAUGUAUAUAUAUGACAUUCAUCAUUCUUUUGCCAACGAUGUAAUAUAUAAACACUACUGGAGGAUCUACAGAUGAAAGAAAUAACAAAAUACAUCGGAUCGGAAGUUUAUGGUGUUAAAAAAAAAGCUUUGUUGCACUCUGGAUAUGGCUUAUUCUUCAACACACAGCCAGGAAAAUACAUCCUCAGGAGAAUCAGAUGAUGAGCUAUAUUUUGUUGGGGUGUCAGAUAUCUCAAAGCAAGCUUCUUCUCUGAACCUUAGAGACAAAGCAUGGCCAAACACCAAAGCAGAGAGAAAACCUGUAAAAAUUCGUCCACCUAGUCCCACAACGUCACAACUGAGACCAUUAGGCCAUAGUUUCUCCUGUGAACCCCCUCCCACGCCCAUCAUCCAGAGACGGUCCCAGUCUCUACCGUCACCUUCGGAAAGGCGGAGGCUCAGUCGUAGAAUCGGGGUCCGAUUUGUGGACUCGCUGGGAAUGGACCUAGAAAAUGUUAAGGUUUUCAAAAGUGGAGAAGAUCCGUUUGUACCAGAGCAUGUUUUGUUUAGACUUUUGAUGAAUGCAGAAUUGGCAGCCAACAAGGGCUUGGAGAUUUCUCUACCCUAUUUGAAACCUGUGUUCCCUGAGCAACCUGGUGACUGUUCAAAUUUCCUGGACCGUUUGUACAACCAGCAAGUGUGCUUGGAACGCGUUUUAUGCUAUGAGCCGGGCAUCAUUGGGAUCGUCCAAGUGGUGAACCUGGCCUUUGAGAAAGAGGUUACAAUUCGUUACUCUUUCACAAACUGGAAGAGCUGUGCUGAGUCCAAGGCUUACUGGGUUGCCAAUAAAUACUUGGAAGGCCAUUCAAGUGGAUGUAACUGUGACGGUUUUCGGUUCCAUCUUCCAGUUCCACCGUUCAUCCUCCACCCUGGAGCAGUGCUGGAGUUUGCGAUCUGUUAUAAAGUGCAGGGCAAUCAGUUUUGGGACAACAAUGAGGGACAAAAUUACAAGUUAGUUUGCCAGAGCUACAAUAUUCCUGUGCCCAAGGAAUGUGAACAUAGCAUGAUACAUUUUGUCUGAGUGCCCUGAGACACUGUGCAUAUACAAUCGGUGGCCACUUUAUUCACUACACCUGCCUUUUUAUUUGGUAAACUUAAAUGCACUUUGUAGGUAUACAUUUAGUAAAUUUAGCCUACUUGGAAGCGUUUUUAUAUAUUAAAUUUGGAUGCACUUUGUUAAAAAGAUGAAAAGUUAAUUACCUUUUCAUCACUGUAAAGGGACUAUCACAGGACAGUCCCUGACAAGAUAUAGUAUCAUUAGGGUGGUGGACCAUUCUCAGCAUAUCAGUGACACUAACAUGGUAGUGGUGUGUGUGUGGUAGUGGUAGGGAGUGUCUCAGGUACAGGAAUGUUGCUUAGGUUUUAGCACUAUAUACAUUUAACCUAAUAAAGUGGCCACAAAGUGUUUGCUAUUCACCAGCACGUUUGUUGUAUUAAAAGUGAGUAACAAAUUGUUUGCCAAAACAUCUGACACAGUUUUUGAAAGACUCACAACUCGGGUAUCCAGGUAACUACCCCACUUGUAUACCUUUACAGUUUUAUACAGCUGUGCCAUCAGCCUGACUUUUUAUCACAUGGCAAAAUAUGAUGCAGUAUUUGUGUAACUUGUAAGCUGAAACUACUGAAUAGAAUGCAGAUGAUAUAUUAAUUUUUCUUUACAAAAAAAAAAGUUAUAAACCUCUAAGUCAUUUGCCAAACCCUCUUUUAUCUGAAGUGCCUGGGAAAUAGUUACAGUAUAAGUCGAUAGAUUACAUUAAACUCAGUUUUGUUGAAGCAAUAAAUUAUUUACUCCA